GUUAAUGACGAAUAAAAUAAUAUUUAAUAAGUUUCUCUCUCGUGUCUUUGCUUCAACAAAAGCACAGAGGAUCGCACACUUGUAAUAUUUUACUUAGCAUAUAGUAUAUACUUAUAUUCGCGCAGAACCAAAUAAGAAUCUAGUGUAUAAUAAUUUAUAUUAACAUGUGUGCGAUCUUCUGGACAAUUUCCUACACGGAUGUUCCCGCAAAUACUGCGAUCAGUUAAAAAGCUCAAUAUUACUUAAAAAUAGUUUGUUAACGCCAAUAUACACACAGAUAUAUUAUUGCAAAUUAUGCCUAAAAAAAAAACCCGGCAUUUUUGACGACCUUGGAACAGAUGAUUGCUGGCUGGUAAUCGGAUUGUGAGAGAAUUACGCAUGCGCGCUUCUUGAGAGAGCUCGGCUUGAUUCGGUUGAGCUCUCAACAGCGAGGAACAAUCACUUGCAGUCACUCGCGAUCGGCCGUAAUGAUCCGUCGUAGUUGUUCGCAGUGAGUCACAAGUGUACAUCUAAAGGAGAGAUGACGUUGGUGAUGUUGGACGUGCUCGAGGCCCGAGGACGAGGACGCUAGCGUCUUUCGUGAGCACGCGACGCCGGAGCGUCGUCGUUGCGACGCUACAUGUAACAUUUAGAAUCGUCGCGUGCUGAAGGUGCACCUUGUGGGAAACGGUGGCAGCGCCCGAUGCGUUUCUCGCGAAAUCAUGGCUUCGGUGAAGGUAGCCGUGAGGGUUCGACCCUUCAACAAGAGGGAAGUGGCGAUGAAUGAAAAGUUGAUCGUACAGAUGGACAGCAAGAAGACACGAAUCUUUAACGCUAAGACGCCGGACAGUUGCAGAGAUGUUGACCGGGGGAAGUACAAAGACUUUACGUUCGAUCACUCCUACUGGUCUUUCGAUCCAAAUGAUGAAAAUUAUGCGUCUCAGGAAGAGGUUUUUUACGAUCUUGGUACGGACGUAAUAGAAAGUGCCUUCGAGGGUUACAAUGCCUGCGUUUUUGCCUACGGCCAGACAGGAUCCGGCAAGACUUUUACAAUGAUGGGCACACCGGAAUCUCAGGGAUUGAUACCACGGAUCUGCAAGACGCUUUUCGCUAGAAUGGCAGCUGGAAAGGAAAGCGGCGCGUCGUACAGAACGGAAGUAUCUUUCUUAGAAAUUUAUAACGAGAGAGUAAGAGAUCUGCUUAGACUGGACCAAAAUCAAUCUCAUUCCUUAAGGGUGCGGGAACAUCCUACGGGAGGACCCUACGUUCAAGAUCUAUCAUGUCAUCUUGUUUACGAUUAUGCGGAUAUUCAGGAAUGCAUGGUAAGAGGUAAUACGCACAGAACUACAGCCAGCACAAAAAUGAACGAUGUGAGUAGCAGAAGUCAUGCGAUUUUUACAAUAACCUUUGUACAAGCUGGUCUUUCGGAAGGUAACAUGCCAUCGGAGACUGUUUCCAAGGUACAUCUUGUCGACUUGGCUGGAAGUGAGCGUGCGAAUGCCACCGGAGCAACAGGUCAACGACUGAAAGAAGGCGCUCACAUAAACAAGUCCUUAGUGACUUUAGGCACUGUGAUAUCCACACUUUCGGAAUUGAGUUCUGCUAAUGGUGACACAUCAGCCUCGAAACGUAACGCAUUUAUUCCUUAUCGAGACAGCGUGCUCACAUGGCUCUUGAAGGAUUCACUUGGCGGCAAUUCCAAGACUAUCAUGAUAGCGACUAUCAGCCCGGCGGAAUGUAAUUACAACGAUACUCUCAGCACUCUUAGAUACGCCAAUCGUGCGAAAAACAUUAUUAACAAGCCGACUAUCAACGAAGAUGCAAAUGUGAAACUUAUCAGAGAGCUCAGGGCAGAGAUAGAGAAAUUGAAGUCUCUUAUUGACAAGAAUAUGAGUAUAGAAAAGCCUCCGCAAGUGUUACUAGCACAAAUUCAAGAGAAGCAAGAACAGGAGAAAGUACUGACCGAGGAAUGGACUGAGAAAUGGCGAGAGACGCAACAAAUUUUGCAAGAGCAAAAAGCGUUGGGGUUGCGAAAGAGUGGAGUUGGCGUCGUUCUCGACUCAGAAAUGCCGCAUUUAGUCGGUAUUGAUGACGAUUUGCUCAGUACUGGCGUCACAUUGUAUCAUUUGAAAGAAGGGAAAACCUUAGUUGGCACAGAGGAAGCUUCUGUUGUCCAAGAUAUUGUAUUGACGGGUGCGGAUGUGGAACCGGAACACUGUAUAGUCGAAUUGAAUUGCGGUGUCGCUACGCUGCAUCCGCUCUCAUCCCAUUGCUGGAUUAACACAGCUCAAGUAGACAAGCCUACGAGACUAUCGCAAGGUUGCAUUAUCCUCCUGGGUCGAAACAACAUGUUUCGAUAUAAUGAUCCUGUUGAAGCGGCAAAACUCCGGAAGGAGGGUGGCUCAGGCAACGGCAAUCUCCAGUCGACGGUCGUCAAUCUGUCGAGAUUAUCACUUUUGAGUUGGAGUGUCUCCGAUCUGCAUGUAUCCUGCUCGAGCGAUAAUCUCUUAAAUUCAAAUGAAGAUCUCAGGGCGGUCGAAGAGCUCGAACAGCAAAAGGCUGCGCUUUUGAAGGAAAAAGAAGACUUCAAGAGAGAACAAGAGGAACGCGAGGAAAGGUGGGCCGCGAGGAGAGAAGCGUUGGAAGGAGCACAACGCGAGUUAGAACGCGAAUGGGGUGCGCAAUGGAAAGAAUGGGCAGACGCGAUCGCGGCUCUUGAGACACGUCAACGAGAGCUACGUGCGCGACGGCAUAUAUUGGAGCAAGAGCGACGGGACGAAAUGACGCAAGUAAAAAAUAUGAAUAAGGAAGUCGCCUAUCUGCGCGCAUUAUUGCAGUCCAAGCAUCAACAGUUACAAGAACUUAUCAGAAAAUAUGAAUACGCACAAAUUUAUCAGCAUCAGCGGAAGACAGACAACGGUGCCAGUAGCGAUGAUAGUCUACUCGAAUCGUGGUCCAGUCUUAACGACGAAAAAUGCAUUGAUGAUGUCAGAGAAUUGGUUAAUCAUCAUAAAAAAGAAUUAGCUGCUUUGGAAAGCGAGCUACAGAAUAAAGUCAGGUCUCUGAACGAACAUCAGACCAAAGUAGACAAGAUGGAAGAAGAACUGAUGGAAAUCGCAAAGAAACAGAAGCAGAUAUUUAAGUUAGAACUGGAUAAUGAGGGAGUAACGGAGAAGAAGUUAUGGCUAGCUAAACGAACUCAGGAACAACUUCAGGAGAUCGUACGGCGAAAACAAAGUUUGUCGCUGGAUCUGAAACGUGUCGCACCUGGGUCUUCUUGCGAUGAUGACGCGUCAAACAGUUGCGAGGAAACGGCUUUCAGCUGCGAUUCCAAAUUUUUUCAGGAGUUCAAUAAUAGGAAGUUCCAAAUCGCUUCAACAUUAUUGCCGCAGAGUAUACCGAGUUCUGAUACCAUAGAAACGUUUCACACUGCUGCGGCUGAUUCUCCUGAACCUCAUCUAGCCUUUGAGGAUGCCAAUACGGCACAAAUGAGUGAUUCUCCAAAAAACAAAUCUGUAAACUUGGAAGAACGGAAAGAAAGCGACGAUGAUCAACGUUUAACGUACGAUGACAAAAAGUUAUCUGAAAUAGAAAAUAAAAAUAAGACAAAUAUCAAUAAAACCAUUCUCGAAGAAACGAGAGUGGAAUCAAUGAACGAGGACGACAAAAAGAUAAAAUCUCCGACGAUGUCCAUUAUUUCGGAGAGCAUGCUUCAGGAUUCGCUGGAUUCACCGAUACAACAAAAUCCGGCAAUGAAGAAAUUAAACCAAAGAAUCGCGCAUCAACGGAUAAUGGUGAUGAGAUGUUUGGAUUCCGGCAGUCCGUCAAAAGAGGAUCUCAAUCGACAGAUAAUGAUACUGCAGGAUUUGCAGAGGCAACAGAUUGAGUUGGAAGUCUCUUUGUUGGAGGACGAACGGAAGAAUUUUUCCAGCAGGCAAGUCCAAUGCGGCAAUGACAGCGGCAACUGCGACGGCGCUGAUGACAGUGAGCUUGUCACCAACGAGAAAGAGGACUAUGUACAGAACGAACCUAAUGCUUACUGUAGUGUUGUAGAAUCUACGAAUAAUAGCUCUGCCAUUCUGUUGACAGUAGCGCAAACCAAAUCUCAACUUUUCAGGAAUAACAGGCCUAAUACUAAUGAUCAAGAGACUUUGUCAAAAUCGUUAGCAUCUAAGAGAUCUUCCAGUCGUGGUUACUCGACAGUUUAUUUGACGAGCCAAAAUCGCGGCGACCGCUUGAGUAGUCCGUAUUCCUUAACAAUUACAAGAUCUCUACCGUCGUUGAUAGCGACUGACGGCGACUGCAAUAACGUGAUCAACAUGAUUGUCAGUGUACCGUCGUUCGUGAUACGCGGGGCUGGCACAUCCAGCCACUACGAAUACGAAGUGCGAGUCGUGGCGCAGGAUGAUAGCUGGACACUGCUGCGUAGAUACAGGAGAUUUCGGGAAUUGUAUAUAUCGAUGCGACAAAAGUACGGUAGCAAGGUCGCAGGAAUACGCUUUCCCCCACGCCAAGUUUUUCCAAAAUACGAGAUCGUAGCGAGGCAACGUCGAAAACGCCUCGAGGAAUACCUUCGUCGAUUAAUUCAAGUUUGCUCGGAGCUGCCACACUGUGAGCCUUUAUACAAAUACAACGGCAAUCUUAGCAACAUAGAUAAGCAAUCUCUAAUAGAGUUUAGUCCGUUCUUCAAGCGCGGUAUGUUUGAGAGUGGCAAGUACGGAACUAGUUAAGACAUCACUUCAAAAAAUCGAAAAACAAACGAGAGUUUGUUCGAGAAUCUAAACGAAUUUAACAGAUCCAUAUAUAAUUCAUUAUGGUUUGUAUCUUUUUUUACAAAUCGCAGCAGCUAGAGAUAGCAGAAAAAAAAUUAGUAAA